GCUUGGGAAACGGGCCCUUUAUCAGUCAACAGGAGUGCUGAUUUAUCACCAGCUUAUCAGGUACCGGUACUUAAGAAGCCACACCCAACCAGGUAUCACAUAAAGAGGACACAUUGAAUAGCUCACUAUACACAUUCGGGUAGAGAGAAGUUCCCCAGAGGAUGGGCUCCAGCACGAGUCCAAACCACACCUCUGGUCCCGGUGACUGACCCAGAUUGGAUUCUGCAAGCAGUUUCAAUCCCAGGAAAAAAAGUUCAAUUCCGUUCUCCCCUGGCCAAACUCCUGCUGCUUGUCCUGUGUCCAGAUUUAAAUGCCGUCUUUUAGGAAAGAUUUAGUAAAGGGGGGACAAGAGGUGAGAGGUUCAGUCCAGAAUUAUCUGGAGAUUUGAAACCAAGCCCCAUAAACCGGUGACCCCCUGCUGAGCUUUGGGAAGAGUGGUGACAGCUCCUGGAUGAUCUCUCACUGUAGAACACAAAAUAAAGUCCUAAAUGGCAAGAAGGUUUAUUUUAUUUAUUUUUGUCAAUCAUAUGUAACAGGUAAAAGCAUAAACAUAAUUUGGAUACAUGAAAAGAGUAAGCAAAACGGAAUUGGCACGCAGGUGCACUUAUGCACGCCCCUUACAGACCUCUUAGGAACGGGUGAGAUCAACAGACGAUUUAAGCUUAAAAUUUGGGGGUUUGGGGAUGAGACCACAGAGUCAGGUAGUGCAUUCCAGGCCUUGACCACUCUGUUACUGAAGUCCUAUUUUCUGCAAUCAAGUUUUGAGCGGUUUACCUUGAGUUUGUAUCUAUUAUUUGCUCGUGUAUUGUAUUCCAUAUUCCAGAGGAAUAUGGUGGGAAAAGCUCUUAAAGUGGAACGAAUUAUAACCAAGGUUGGGGCAACCGGACUCGAGACGGAGUUCCUGACCAAAGUGGGGAGAUGCAACCAAAGCCUCGGCGGCCCAUUGCGCCUUCCACGGCCCAAAUUUUGCCUGGCUCCGGCACUUUACCCGCGAAGCCUGGCCCUGUCUUUGGGCAGACGGUCCCUCUUUCAAGAGCCAAGCCUGGCCGGAGGCUGUUUCGGGAUCCUUCCUUGCUCCUCCGUUUGAAAAGGCCCCUGGCCAGGGUUUGGGGGCUUUGGCGCCGGAGCCUCUGCCUUGGCUUCCACGGGACCCGGAGCGCUUGCACGGAGGGACGGUGGGCGGCCGCCCCAGAGACGGGGAAGCAGGCUGAGCCGAGCGCCCCCCGGGGCUUUGUGCGGGUCGCUCUCUUCCCCGCGCAGCCUCUCCGGGCCGAAAGGCAGCCGCCGCUACUUAGCGACCGGGCCUGGGGCUCGCCGCCCCUUUCCUCGCCUUCGCUUUCCGAACGGAAGUGGACGAAACCCCCGGAGAAAGAGAAAGCGCCGCGCCCAGCGGCCACAGCUGACGCCGCCGCCUCCCAGCGCAGGUGCCCGGCUGGCCUUCCUGGCAGCGGCGACGGCGGAGCGGCGUCUCGGCGGCCCUGCGGAGCGAUGGGCGGCUCGGGGCCGGCCUGGCGGGACUCGCUGCCCUACUACUACUGCGUCAAGUUCUCUCUCUCGGCGUCCUCCACCCUCUUCUCGAUGGUCGGCCUUGUCAUCUUCUGUGUGGGCAUUUAUGCUGAAGUGGAAAGACAGAAGCACCGGACCCUGGAAGGGCUCUUCCUUGCCCCAGCUGUCAUUCUCAUCCUCCUGGGCCUGACAAUCUUUGCCGUUUCUUUUAUUGGCAUGGUGGGAUCCCUCCGAGACAACCGGACGCUGCUGAAAACCUUCUUCUGGGUCCUCUUGGCCAUCUUCAUCAUUGAGUUGCUGCUAUUGUUGGUCGAAAUCAUCUUCGAGAAGCAGAUGAAUGCAGUGUUCCAUUCCAGCAUUCAGGAUGGAAUAAGACACUAUUAUGACGACUUGGAUUUCAAAAAUAUUUUGGACUAUGUUCAGCAAAAGUUUUCCUGCUGUGGAGGUGAUGAAUUCAGCGACUGGCAUGUGAAUCCAUACCACUCAUGCAAUGGCAGUGGCCCUCUGGCCUGUGGAGUGCCCUACACCUGCUGUAUCAGGAAGGCGCCAGGAGAAGUCAUCAACACUCUGUGUGGAUACCGAACACUAAAUCAAGAGCGACUGGAGCUGGUGAAUACCAUCCACGUACGCGGCUGCAUUCACGCAGUGAGCUUUUGGUUCAAAGACAAUUUUGAAGCCACUUUAGCAAUUGUUUGCUCUUUGCUCCUUCCUCAGGUCUUUGGCUUGGUGAUGGCCUGGCUACAUUGGCAGAAGCUCAAUGAGAUUCAUUCCCAGAUGGACACUGUGGACUUCAAGCAGCUAGACUGGAGCGACUUCAAUUUUGCCACUCUGGACCUCACGGGGGCUGGCUGGUGCUGGUGUUUGCCUCGAGAAGGUGGCUACAUCCCAGUCUGUGACAAAGAUGAUGAGAGUGAGGUCGAGGCUGCCACUAGCCACAGCAAAGUAUGAAGCCCUUAGGUCACUUCCAGUGCCCAUUCCAGAGAGACUGGUCAGGGCUAGCCGGCCAAAAGUGGCUUGGACUGUUAAGCAAAGAGAUUUGUGGGUAUUGUAAAGGGUGCUUUGCCUUCUGAAAUAUAUACAACCACUCAGUAAUUGUUUUUGCAUACUAGGUUGAGUUUAAAAUUCAGGUAGGUUUUCCAGUUUUGGGACUCAGAACUUUUAAUAUAUUUUUUAUUUUAAAAAAAACCUGAAAUGUAGAAGCUUUUUUAUUUUAUAGUUUUUAGAUUUUAGAACUUUAGUAGAAAAAAGAAUCCCAAGUAUUUUGUACACCAGAUAGUUAAAAUAUUGCCCCUGCAUUUUCCUACAUAUUACCUAGAAGAUGGUCCAAUUUUUUACACUCAUUUCAAAUUGAAUUAAUGCUUUAAUUUCCAAAAAAAGUCUCUUGAAAGCAGUUUCUUCACUACAAAAACCUAACCAGUCAAGAACCUUGUAGUGCAGACGUUUCCAGUUCUUUCCAGUUUACAGAAUACAGUAGUAAUAUCACCAUCAAAAAAUUCUGAUGACCGUGAAAAGCAAGGAUUUGGCGUGACAAGGUAAUGAUAUAUGGAUCUCCAAAAUAAAAUAAAUCUUAUUUUCCCAUUUGAAAGAUUGUGGAACAUUUACAAAUGUGACAAUCCCAUAUUUUUGCCCCUCUGAAAAUUAACCUUUAUUCUGGCUCUCUCCCAGAACGUUCAUGGGUGAUAGGAGUCUUGGGCCGCCAAAAUGGACUGUGUGAUGUAGUGUCAUGUAACCAAUCAAAUGCAGCUUAGUGACCCAGUGGAUCCACAAUGAACUGGUGUCGGAGGACAAAGCGUGUUAUUACCUUCACUGAACUUGAGCAGAGUGUCUGAAAAAGAGGCGUGUUCUGCACUGAUGAAAAUCUCACAGCAACAUAGGGUGUUAAAUCUGCCUUAGGAAAUGGCCCGUGCAGAAGGCAUUUCCUUGUUUUGAAAAAAGGCCCGUGUUGACAAGGUACAGAAACACUUGUAAAUCUUGUUCAUUUCUAAUCAUCCUGCUUUUGAAUUUUGCUAUAUAUAUACUUUGCUUCUAUUUUUCAUGAUUUUUGUAAGCCCCUAUUUGUAAGCAGGAUACCUUGGGAGUGUAGUGACUAUGAUUGAUCAAUUGACUGAUCAGUUGACUGAUUAAAUAAAUAAGUGGUUGGA